GGAAAUGAAAAGUAAAACGCUAUCAUCGGAUUAUGUCUGUGUGCGUCCGUGACCGCAUCAUGUUGGCCGCACUAUGAAUCAGAUGAGGAGCCGAUGAGGAGCCUGAGUAAAUCGCUGGACAGAAUUGUAAGCUGCGUUAACUUGGAGGCAAAUUGACUAAUAUUUCUGAAUAGCCCAGUGCUUUCCUGCCCGUAGAAGAUUCAAUGUCUGAAAAGAGCAUUGCUCAGCGAGGGAUGAUGGGAAUUUCAGAGAAGCUACAUUCCCUUUCAGAAAACAGGGAGAGUUCUGAGAUAUUUCUGGAGCAGCAUUUAGAAUUCCUGAAAGCUACACACCGGCAGCAGCUCCAGCAGAUUGAGCUGCAGCACCAGGCAGGUCUGGAAAGUAGAAUACUACAGAAUUCGCUGCUGUCUGAAAACAGAGACACUUCACGUAAGACCAGUGGACCACAAGAACCUCCCAGUAGUGAUGGGAACAGUGUUAAAAACAGAGGAGGUACCUACAUGUUUAAUAGACCAAAGAGAUCUUCCUCCACACCUGACCUAAGUACCAAGAUGAACCUGGGGAAGUCUUUCGAUCCAGUUAUGCCCCAGACACGUGGGAGCCAGUGGCAAGCUCUUCUCCAGGUCAAAGAGUCCCAGCAAGCCAUAUUUGACAAAGAGGAAAUAGACUGGGCCGAGUGUCAGAAACAGUUCCGUGUAGCACCUGUUCCUGAGCAUGUCUUCAUGUCCCUUUAUGAUAAUAUUGUCAGUGAGCAGAAACGGAUGAGGCAGGAGGGACGACAGCAGAGGAAAGAGUUCCUCUUAUCCAUGCAGAGACCCUUUACUUUCCACCAGAGAGAGCGGAUGAAAGAGAGGCCAAAGCAGGAGAAAGCCACUGAUAAACAGUGUGAAAACAGCAAGUUUGCUGGAAGGAGGAAAGCUAUACCCAAGGCAGUAACAGAUCCAGCCAUCUCUGAACAUUUAAAAGAGGAGGAGCAGAAGAGGAAGAUCCGCAUUCAAGCGAGGGCUCAGGAGACCCUCAGGGCCUCUUCAGCCCCCAUCCAGAGCCAGGCGCCCAGAGCUGAUGGCCAGCAGACACGCACUGCCCAGAGGACCAAGAGCAGAGUACUUGGCUUUUUAGAGCAGAGGUCAUCCUUCCAACCAGUGAUCAAUGCUCAGGUCCCAGACUUUGAUAAGCUGUACCAGGCCUUCCAGAGAAAGCUGAUGGAAACGGCAGAAAAGAGAGAAGUUACCCUCUGCCAACCAUUCAAACUGCGCACAUCUACUCUGCAGCCACGUCAGAGCAGAAGCAGCACAGACCAACCGCUGAGCUCUACAAGCAAGAGCAGUUUGAAGAGAAGCAAUUCAUUUGGUGGCUUGACAUCAUUAUCCAUGGAUACUCUUCCAACUUACAUAACGGAUGCUGCAAGAAAAAGGUCCAUGGCAAUAAGGAAGUCUCUGGAGCUGCGGGACAGUAAGGAGCAGGAAAAUGCUGAGUGGAUGAAACAACACCAAAUGAAUUCUCAAGCCAUGAGUAGAGCAGUGGCAGCACGGGCCAAGGCCAUGGACCCACAUAAGAGUCUGAAAGAAGUCUAUCAGGAGAAACUCAAGCAGCACAGACACGCUGAUCAAGAAAGGGUGAAAGAUUAUAAAAGGGAACUUAGGGAGAUGAAAGCUCGAGUCACAGCCCGCCCGUACCUCUUCGAACAGGUCUCACAGAAAAAUGCAAAGAGCGAUGCAGAGCGCAGAUACAGAACCACCCUAGAGCAAGCAGGAUUGGACGAAAACUUCGUAAGAUCCAAGGGAGCAAAUGAUGAAAGCCAGACAUCAAAAAAUAAGGAUACAGACUCUGACAGCGAUGGUGAACAACACAGCUCUGAAACUGACAUUCAGCAAAGGGAAGGAAGCAGGGAAGACAGCGGGCAAAGCGAGGAGGGAACGGAAGAGAGCAUGAAAACCAAAGAGGAAGACGUUUGCUGACAGUGAGCAAGCAGCUGGUAUAAGAAUCAAAUAUGUUUGUUUAUGCGGUGAGGAGCAUGCUGCUGUCAGACCCAACAACACUGGUGCACUCAUAUCAUUAAAGGCCUUUUUUCGUAACAGCAUCUCAGCAGUAAGAUGAUUCUUAUAUGGUAUAGUGAGCAUCACAGUGAGCACCCCCUCUACCAGUUAAGAUGAUCUUAAUGCUAAGGUGCUUUUGGGAAACUGGGCUAAAGUCAGUUGAGCAUUUCAGUCUUACUGAAAGCUGACUCUGAAAUGUGGUAGACCACCUUCAGUUUGGAGAUAUGCUGUCCAUCAAAAAUUUGGGGACACCCCUCUUUUUUUUUACCCCUCUUACUUUUCUCUCUGUUACUAUCCUGUUAUAUUUACUAAGAGUGACAUUAAUUACCGAUAGCAGAUUAUCUAGUAAGACUUUCCAUGCAAAUGAACACAGGAGCAACUUCAUUAACAUAUGAGUGUUGAAAGCUUUUAUCCUUGUGUUUAAGGUUCAAAUUGUGACUCCUUAGGUUGAAAUAAUUACUUAUUUUCUUGAGAUUUUGAAUUAGUAUGUCAAAUUAAUAAUACAUUAAGACACAACCAUAAUUAUUUCAUAGUUAUUAAGUAAUUAUUUUAAGACAAUAAAACAUUAUGUCAACAUAAUCUAUCAGAAAUGAAGGAAAACGUAACGCAUGUUCAUUUUCAGCUGGUUUGAUGAGCUGAACUUCUGUUUCGUUUCAUGUGCUUGAAAGCCAUGCAAUAUUGUAAAAUACUGCUCAAUUCACUAAGCGCAUCCUGGUGGUUUGAGAAUUGUAUGACAUGCGCAAUGUAUUAAAUCAUGGCAGUGACAAUUUUACCACUGUGUAGAAGAGCUGUUUUAGUCAUGCAGUGAAUGCAGAGGCAGAUUUUUUUUUAAAUAUGUGCUUUUGACAAACAUUUGGAAGAUUUAACAGGCAAAUCAUUUGUAAGGCAAAACCUGCUUUUAAAUUUGAUGCUAACAACACAUUUCAACAAAAUUGGGACAGGGCAACAAAAGACUAGUAAAGUUGUGUAAUGUUAAAAAAAAACAAAAACAUUUGGUUAAUUGGCAACAGGUCAGUACCAUGACUGAGUAUACAAGGGGCAUCCCAGAGAAGCUUUCAGAAGAUGAGGAGGGGAUCACCACUCAGUGAAAGGAUAGUGCAACAAUUCAAGAAUAACAUUUCUCAACAUAAAAUUGCAAAAACAUUAAAAUCAUUAAAAAGCACAUAAUGUAAUUAAAAGAUUCAGAGAAUCCAGAAAAAUAUCUGUAUGUAGAGGACAAGGCCAAAAACCAAUAUUAGCUGCCCAUGAUCUUUGGGCCCUCAGGCAGCACUGCAUUACAAACAGAUCUGAUUCUGAUCACUGCAUGGGUUCAGAAACAGUUCCAAAAACCAUUUUGAACACAGUUCAUCGCUACAUCUAUAAAUGCAAGUUAAAAAUCCACCAUGCAAAGAAGAAAUCAUAUAUAAACAGAUCCACAAACAACGCUGCCUUCUCUGGGUCCAUCAUUUAAGAUGGACUGAGGCGAAGUUUAAGAUGGAUUGAGGCUCAUUUAAAAUGAACUGAGGUGAAGUGGAAAACUCUCCAGGGGUCAGAAUCAAAAUUAGAAAUUCUGUUUGAAAAUCACAGACGCUGCAUCUUCCGGGCUAAAGAUCGUACAGCUUGUCAUCAGCGCACAGGUAAAAAGCCAGUAUCCAUUAUGGUAUGGGGUAGAUUUGUGCACAUGGGUUACAUAGGAUGGGUAACUUGUGCAUCUCUGAGAGGACCAGUGAUGCUGAAUGAGAUUUCUGGCAUCAUAUGCUGCCAUGUAGACAAUGUCUUUUUCAGGGAAGGUCUUGCUUAUUAUUACAACAGCAUGGCUCUGUAGUAAAAGAUUGCCUGCAGUCCAGACCUGUCACUGCUGAAAACAUUUGGCGCAUGAUGA